CCUAGUGAUUCUGUGAUCUGUGGCUGCUGCCCAGGGGAAAAACUCUCCGACAUCUUUAGUCUGGCACUGAGAGGGGACAUGAACCUCAGCAUUGUAAUGACCACAUGCUCAACGGUCCUGGCAAUUGGACUAAUGCCUCUGCUUCUGUACCUUUACUCGGGAGGACUAUACGAGGGUGAUUUGGAGGGCAAGGUGCCUUACAAAGGAAUAAACACCUCCCUGGUCCUAAUGCUAGUCCCCUGUGCCAUCAGCAUCACCUUGAAUGAGAAGAAACCACAGUACGCUGGCUUUAUCAUCAAGGCAGGGGUGGUGGUGCUUCUACUGUCAUCUGCUGCAAUAAUUGUUCUGUCUGUGGCCAAUGUGGGAAGCGGUAUCAUGGUUGUUUUCUCACCAUCCCUUGGGAUCUUCUUCCUGCUGGGCUAUGCUCCCUCUGCAGUCUUCAAGCUUAAUGACCGAUGCAGGUGGACAGUGUGCAUGGAAACUGGCCGCCAGAACGUACAGCUUUGCUCGACCAUCCUCAAGGUCGCCUUCGCCCCAGGAAUCGUCGGCCCCCUGUACUUCUUCCCACUGCUCUACUUGCUCUGCCAGCUUGGAGAGGGACUUCUGCUGAUCCUGGUCUUCAGGAUCCAUGACGGAAUAAAGAAACCAAACAGCAACUGCAGCAAAAACAAGCUGCACAGCUGUGGACACAGUUACUGCUCAAGAAAUGAAACUAGUGUCAAGGCCCUGCAGAAAGAGUGGUAA